CGGUGUGAGCUAUCCCGGUUCAUCUUGACGCCAGUGAGUGAGAGCUAUUUGCAAGCAGCGGACGCAUCAAGAAAGUGUCACUCAGAACCUGCAGCGAUGAGCGUCAGGGUCUAUUACACCACCGUCACCGCCUCGCGGACGGUCAAGUCUCAACAAGCGGAGGUCAUCCGGAUCCUGGAAAGCAAAAGCAUCCGGUACGAGCUCAUCGACAUCUCCGUGGGUGGCGAACUCCGGGACGAAAUGAGAAGCAAAGCAGGGGACCCCUCUGCGGCCCCUCCCCAGUUCUUCAAUGAAGACCAGUACUGUGGGAACUACGAGAUGUUUUCAGAGGCAGUGGAAGCCGAUACAGUGGAACAAUUUCUGAAACUGGCAUGAGGACAGUGGGACGUCGACCCGCCCUUCUAAACCUCCAUCACCUCCAACCACUUCCCUUUUCUCCCCACAUCAUGUUGGAGGACCUCCACUAUGUCACUGUCCACCACUGACGCCGUCUGCCCACUUUUUAUGCCAUAACGAAGAAUGCCAAAUAUCUCUAAUCCAACCAAUCAGAAGUCACACGUUCCCCCUUAACUGCAAAGUUUGUCUUAAUCUGAUUUCUUUUUUUGUUGUUUUCAGAUCUUUAUAUAUGUUAGACUACUGUUAUGAAGGAACUCCAAACCCCAAAGGAAUCAGUGUGUAGUAAUCGGGUAUACUAAUGAAUCCAAUCAACAAUCAAAUGAGAAACUAUCUAUUCCAUCUGUAAUUAAAACACAAUAAUGUUUGCACUCAGAAGUCUUUGUAAGUACUGAACUUCUAACUGAAGAUGGUUAGAAGUGAAAGGACUACAAGGUAUUAAAAGAAUAAUGGUUUAGAUUCGUUAAGAAUUGAAGGAGUCAAUUUAGCUUGAAGUCCAAUGCUAACCCAACGAGACAAAUACGGAAUUUGCAGCAUUCUUGAGUCUGUAUUAUUACAAGUACUCCUUUUGUACUUUUAAAAAUAUACCAGUUUUUGGACCAAUCAUCUUCACCCAUGUUAUUACAUCAUACUCAUAACACAGACCAAUGACUGACGCAACCCUCAACCAACCAAAGAAACGCCGUUUUUCUGACUCGGUUUCUUAACCAGAUCCAAAGGUUAAACUUUUAAAAGACGGCCUCUGGUUUGACAUCUCAAACAUCUGCUUAAAGUUUGCAUCCGGCUUCCACUCUUAGUGCCAAUAGACCAGUUCUCUUAACGCGGAUCAUGACUGCAGUGUUAGCAUUGACUUGCCCUCUUCUCCUUCUAUCUGUCACUUACCUGGUUUCUGUAGCUGCUGCGUCUUACUGACUGGGCAAAAGAUGCCAAUCAAUAACAAGAAGGGAGUAUUUCAUGCUGAAAGGUUUACAUUUUGGUUAUCAUAACUCAGUCUUAUGGAACUUUGGGAACAUUCAACACAUUCCAUUGGUGUUGUUGCAUUUAUUCCCUGAAUCACUUGGUUGAAAUAAAAUUUAAAAAAGCUCAUUUUGCAGGAUUUCGUCAAGAUGUUUGCACCCCCCUGCCUUCAUUGCAUCUGUUAAGCUGUCCCUUGUGAUUUCCUCUCACAAUGAUUGUUUAUUGUAUUGUAGAUGUUUGCCUGUUAUUGAUGUAUACUCACUGAAUCAUUCUUUAGACAUUCCAUUCUGAGCUCCUGCGUUGCUUUUUGGACCAAUUCCUCUUGGCCAAAACAAAAAAUGAAGAAAAUACGAACUUAAAAGCGGUUGUCUUCCAAGAAGAUUGUGAGAAGUGAUUUAUGCAUUAAAAUAAAAGAGUUAAAUCAA